AUGGAUAUUGAAGAAGCAUCCCAAGAUUCCCAGAUGCAGCCCAUGACUGUUGCUGUUUCUGGAUCAUCUCAUGGUCCUUCUAUGUUUGCUGAAUCAUCACGCGGCCAGUUAGACGGGCCUUCGAAUCCAUACUUUGUUUUUGAUACCCCUCAGGGAACCCGUUACUGGAUUCCUAACGUCGCUGAUAAGUUCAUACCAGUGUGUGGGAAAUCUUAUCCAACCUUUGCGGAUGUUCUUUCCAUGUAUGAACUUUAUGCGUUUGAAGCAGGUUUUUCUGUAAAAAAAGGGCAAACUAAAGUCUGGAAUGGAAUUCCCACACACAAGUAUCUCCGAUGCUCAAAAUAUGGAAAACCACAACCAAAGAGGACUUUUGACACCCUAGAUGAAUCUUCUGUUAAGCACCGGAGGACCACCUUCACAUGGUGUGACUGUAAGGCAAGCAUACUAGUCUCGAUCUCGAACGAUUCAUACACAGUUCUGAGUUUCAAUGAUAUUCAUAAUCAUGAACUUGUUGAGAGUUACAACCGUGAUCUUAGCAAGAUAUCACGGAAACUGUCAUUCUCCACGAAACAAUUCAUUCACAACAUGAGUCUAAACCGCAUCGGACCAAUGAGAGCUUAUAGAUGUCUUGUAGCUUUAAAAGGAGGGCAUCACAAUGUCAAUGGGACGCCGGUCGAUUUUAAAAACUUUAGCCACCAGUUGCGAAUUUUUAUUGGUGAACGCGACGCACAAGUUUUCCUUGAACGCCUGCGUGAGCGUUUUGACAACCUACCCAACUUCUUUUUUGAUUACACUGUAUCAAAUGGAAAGUUGUCCUCUGUAUUCUGGGCUGAUGAGAUUUCAAAGCUAAACUACAAAGCUUUUGGCGAUGUCCUAGCGUUUGACGCAACUUACAGCACAAACAAGUACAAGAUGGUUUUUGUGCCAUUCACGGGUGUGGAUCAUCAUUUCCAAUGUGUCACAUUUGGAGCGGGUUUGAUAUCAACCGAGUCCAUUGAAUCUUACGUGUGGUUGCUUAAGGCUUUCUUGAAGGCACACGGUACUCAACCAACUCUCGUGCUGAGUGAUCAAGACCCAUCCAUGCUACAAGCUGUUCCUAUGGUCUUUACCGAAUCACGACACCGUCUAUGCAUGUGGCAUAUAAUGAAAAAACUACCCUCAAAGAUCUCUGCCGACGUGCUCGAUAACACUGAUCUUGGGUCCUGCAUUCACCGGUUGGUUUGGAAUGUUUAUAUCAAACCUGAAACGUUUGAGUCCCGCUGGAAUGACCUCCUACAAACAUUUGGGCUUCAAGACCACAGCUGGUUGAACGACAUGUACAACAUCAAACAUCUCUGGGUACCAGCCUACUUCAGGGAACUGCCCAUGUGUUGCUUGAUGAAGACCACCUCCCGCUGCGAAAGCUCUAACGCUGCCUUCAAGGUUAACUCAACAAGCGCAUACACCCUUGUACAAUUUAUGAUGUGCUUUGAAAAUAGGGUAGACAGCCAAUGA